CUAUUACUAAGGAGCAUAAUGAAGAAAGCAAAAGAGGUAAUAUUUGAUAAUUACACUAGAAACACUUCUAUGCCUUCGAAGAGGGUAAAUAGGAAAAAUUUGGAAGCAGAGAGAAAAAGCCUUCCUGUGUUUGCCUAUCGGAAAGACAUUAUUGAAUCAGUAAAGAAUAAUCCCACUACAAUUAUUGUUGGAGAAACAGGAAGUGGAAAAACAACUCAAAUUGCCCAAUACCUGCUAGAAUCUGGUUAUUUUAAUGAUGGUGUUAUUGGAAUUACUCAACCGCGUCGUGUGGCUGCCAUCACUGUAGCCAAGCGAGUUGCUGAAGAAAGAGGAACAGAACUUGGAGACGAGGUUGGCUACAGUGUUCGAUUCGAUGAAUGCACCUCAAUGAACACUUGUAUCAAGUUCCUAACAGAUGGAAUGCUCCUUCGUGAAGCCAUGCUGGACCGUGAAUUAUCCCAAUAUAGUGUGCUAAUCCUCGAUGAAGCACACGAACGAUCCCUUCAAACCGAUAUUCUGUGUUCUUUCAUCCGCUAUGUACAGCAAAGCCGAAAAAUCCGUUUGAUCGUGAUGAGUGCCACCAUUCAAUGCGAACUAUUCGAAAAUUUCUUUUAUCCAAACCACUCUGGAUCGAAUUUCCCAAACCACAUCAUUCAAAUCAAAGGCCGCACUUUCCCCGUUGAGAUCUAUUACACACCCACACCCGAACCAGACUAUUUAGAAGCUGCUUUAAUCGCCAUUCUCCAAAUCCAUUUAGAUCUUCCCACUGGCGAUAUUCUCGUGUUUCUCACCGGUCAAGAAGAAAUUGAAUCACUGGCAGAAAUGCUGGAAGAAAAGCUUCCUCUCUUCCCGAAAGACGCCAAAUCGCUUCUGAUUUAUCCACUCUACGCAGCCUUGCCUCCCGAACAACAAUUGGCCGUGUUUACUCCCACGCCUCCCGAUUCGCGCAAAGUGAUUCUGUCUACGAACAUCGCGGAAUCGUCGGUGACAAUCCAAGGCAUCAAAUACGUCGUGGACAGCGGUAUGAUCAAAAUCCGCGUGUCGCAAACGACCACCGGACUCGAAUCGCUUCUCGUCACGCCCGUUUCGAAGUCACAUGCGUGGCAACGAUCGGGACGAGCAGGUCGUGAAAGUGCUGGGAAGUGCUUUCGCUUGUUUCCUGAAGACGCGUUUCUCGCUCUUCCUGAAGACGCAGUGCCCGAAAUUCAGCGAUGCAAUUUGAGCAGCAUGAUUCUUCAGCUGAAAACGAUGGGGAUCGAGGACGUUUUGGGGUUCCACUAUCUGCAAGCUCCUUCGCGCGAUUCGCUCAAACGAUCGUUGGAGCAGCUGCUUCUCUUGGGGGCUCUGGAUCGCCGAUCUGGAUCGCUGACCAAGCUGGGGAGAGAAAUGGCGCUGCUUCCUUUAGAUCCGCUAUACUCCCGCCUGCUGAUUCUGAGCAAAGAAUACCACUGUUCGGCUGAGAUUCUGGAUAUCGUGUCGAUUCUGUCUGUGGAAAAUGUCUUUUAUUCUCCACGCGAGGAGCGAGAGAAAGCCAACGUGUCGCACAAACGAUUCGCUUCCGUGUAUGGAGAUCAUUUGACUUAUUUGAAUGUCUUCCAUGCCUAUCGAGAGGAAAAAGGGAAUGUUCAGUGGUGUCAUGAUAAUUAUAUCAAUUCUCGAUCGAUGAAGACUGCUGUGGAAAUUCGCAAGCAACUCGUUGGCUAUUGCCAGAAAAUUGGAAUUGAAGAAAUCAGCUGCGAAGGGGAAUUCGAUCAGGUUCGGCGUUGUUUGGCUGCUGGAAUGUUCGUGCAGGUUGCGAAUCGAGUGAAGGAGGUUGUGAAGAACAGUCGGUGUGAAUAUCAAACCAUUAUAGGUCACAAAACGGCAGCCAUCCAUCCAGCCUCCGUUCUUUUUCAGAGGAAACCAUACCCUGAUGCGAUUCAGGAGCUUGUGUACACGACAAAGGAAUACUUUAGAGGAGUAACAGCGAUUGAAGCAGCUUGGCUUCCUGAGCUGAUACCUGAAUGGUUUAGUUCGAAGAGUAAUUUGGAUGUUUGUUUGAUAAACAGUGUGCAUUCUUUAUUGUAG